UAACACAUUCAGUAUGUUACAUAAAAAUCACAAAAUCUUUGGUGGCAUCCUAACUUUGGUGAUUGGAGACCUCGCACAAUUGCCACUCGUAAAUGGGGAACAAGUCUUCUUCUCACAAGCCUGGAAACCCUUCUUACUCUUAUUCCUAACAAAACCACAUCGACAGAGAGAUGACCUAAAAUAUUAUCAACUUCAAGAAUUAAGAUUCGGUACUCUAUCAGAAAAUUCAUAA